UCCGGGCAGUUUAAAGAUGGAUGCGCCCUAUAGAAUUUUUUUCUUCUUCAGUGACUGUGUAACAUUGACUGUGUAACAUCUAUUGGAGAUAUAUUUCAGCAUGGUAAGAUACGUUGUCGUAGGAGGUGGCAUCGCUGGAGUAACCUGUGUAGAAACGCUUUCAUCUCUGUGCCCAGAAGAAGAGGUACUUCUGAUAACAGCCUCCCCACUGAUUAAAGCCAUCACCAACUACAAAAAGAUAACAAAAACCUUGGAGGAUUUUGAUGUUGAGGAGAGACCAAGCAUUUCCUUACAAACAGAAUGUGUCAAUAUAAAAGUUAUACAGAAGAGUGUGGUUUCCCUCAAUGCUAGGUCACAUGUACUAAAACUGAGUGACGGUGAAGAGGUCCAUUAUCAGAAGCUGUGCCUUUGUACAGGAGGCCGACCAAAGGUAGGAGAUCAGAUCGUUUUUAAGGGGAGGGGUGAUUGGAACACUUAUAAACAAUUUAGUAAGACCUACAGAUAA